AUCUCGUUGUUCAACAAUAGCAUGGUCGACUGGAAACCUGAAGAACGUCAACCCGAACGUUUUGUGUGAUUCAGUCCGGAUUUUCGCGUGUGUGAGCGAGGUUUUACGUUUUGUGGACUCGUUUCUUGGGUGGUUUCACUUUUAACGCGUUUUUUUUUUUAAUUUGUGCGACGUUCCUUUCGUUAAAAGUUAAGCACUAUGAUGAACGAUUUGGAAAGGCAGCUGGCCGAACUGGAGCUGCUGAACAAACAGGACCUGAAACCGGCCGGCCAGACGCCGGGGAAAAAGAUCGGACCGCCGCCCCCGCCGAAGCCGAAGAAAACGCAGCCCCAGAUUCCUCAGUCGUACCCCCUGAAACAGACGGUCGAGCCCUCCUAUUCUUCGCGUCUGCAGUCCGCCCAGGUGUACUCGAACGUGCCGCCCCAAUCGCACUACUCCAACGCACCUCUUGGCCCCAAAUACCAGGACAGCAACUAUGCCAACUUCAAUCAGUACUCCAACUUACCGCGGGCCUACAACCAGAACGCCACCCUACCCAGUGGUGCCGUCUUGUCCGCGGGGAACAAGAGAACGACGCCCAUCAACAUGGCCCCCAAGGGUUACGCGAAACCUUCGGAAGUCACCUAUAGCAACGUGCAGACGCAAAGAAACCAGGACGGGCUGAUCUACAGCAACCUUAUACAUCCACCCAGGGAACCUAACGUAUACAGCAACAUGCCUCCGCCGCCUGUUAACUCCUACUCCAAUGAUGAUUUGCCACCGCCACCUCCGCCGUUAGAUUUAUGCUCCAACAUGGCCGAGUAUUCGCCGUGCAGCGUCAACACCAACCUGCCUCCGCCUCCGGAUGACCUAAUGCCACCCCCAUCGCCAGUCAGUUCGAGCUACAGCGAGCUGAGACGCGCCACUCAGCCGGAACAGGACUUCCACAACUAUGGAGGGUCUCAGUACGGGGAAACCGAUUCUCUAUACGGAUACGGUGGCAUGUCACAGUCGUCGUCCACGUACGAGUCGAUCUACGAGCCCAUUAAUCCACGUCCUCCCAGUCAAAUGUCCUCCAGAUCCAACUAUUCGUUGUACGCACCGUACGUGAGCGGUACCAGCAGCUCCAUGACUGGACCGAGUCAGUCGGUCAGCAGGAUCGGGCACAACAAGGAACAGGAGGUGGAUAGUCUGACGGAUUUGCUGGUGCAGGGUAUGGGCACCUCAGAACAAGACCAGGAAGACGUUUAUGGUGUUUGCGUUAAAUGUGGAGAAAAGAUUGUGGGUGAGAACAGCGGUUGCACCGCCAUGGAUCAGUUAUACCACACGAAAUGUUUCACGUGUCACCACUGCGCCAUCAAUCUGCAAGGGAAGCCGUUCUAUGCUCUGGACGGCAACCCCUACUGCGAGGAAGAUUAUUUGAACACUUUGGAGAAGUGUUGCGUGUGCCAGAAACCCAUUCUGGACCGAAUUCUGCGUGCAACUGGCAAACCCUACCAUCCCAAGUGCUUCUGCUGCGUCGUCUGCGGCAAAAGCUUGGACGGCAUACCGUUCACGGUCGACGCGACCAACCGUGUGCACUGCAUCGAGGACUUCCACAAGAUUUUCGCCCCAAGGUGUUGGGUGUGCAAGCAGCCCAUAAUGCCCGAGCCUGGCGAGGAGGAGACGGUGCGAGUUGUCGCCUUGGAUCACAGUUUUCAUAUCCAGUGUUACAAGUGUGAAGAUUGCGGUUUGGUUUUAUCUUCAGAGGCGGAGGGACGUGGUUGCUAUCCGUUAGACGGUCACGUUUUAUGCAAAAGCUGCAAUGCGAAACGCGUUCAGGCACUGACCAGCGACAUUUCAACGAUCAGAUCGAAUCCCAUGAUUACUGAACUGUAAUUUGAUUUGGUUAUUGGUAAUUAAUGUUAAGUUAGACGAGACGAAGAGUUGGUGUUUAGGUAAACAACGUUGAAACUGUAAAACUGCCACUUGGAUGUGAUUUGUUGAGAGUUUUUGAAAUGUUUAACAUUCCUAUGUUUGUUUUUUAUUAUUACUUUUAGUAAGUACUUGGCUUCAUUACGAAUCUGCUUUUUAUACACACAACUAAUAUUUAUACAGACUAUAUUAUUAUAUUUUGUGCUAUUUAUACAUACAUAUUAUUAUAUACAUUGCUUAGUUAGUUCUUAAAACGGGAACAAUAUAUUGUAUUAUUUUUUAAGUAAAUAUAAUCGAGGUAGAUUUAAGGUUAAAAAUCUGGUCAGCAUGAUUUUUUGUGAUUUGUUUUAGUAUUAUGUGCCAAUUUUUUUAUAUUGUGGGUUUAAUAAACUUUUAGAUUCAA